UCCCCUUCAAUCUUGCACAGGUAUAUCGGCUCCCUCCCCUUCAGUCUUGCACAGGUGUACCGGCUCCUCCCCUCCAGUCUUGCACAGGUGUACCGGCUCCUCCCCUCCAGUCUUGCACAGGUGUACCAGUUCCUCCCCUCAGUCUUGCACAGGUGUACCGGCUCCUCCCCUCUAGUCUUGCACAGGUGUACCGGCUCCUCCCCUUCAGUCUUGCACAGGUGUAUUGGCUCCUCCCCUUCAGUCUUGCACAGGUGUACCAGCUCCUCCCCUCCAGUCUUGCACAGGUGUAUCGGCUCCUCCCCUCCAGUCUUGCACAGGUGUAUCGGCUCCUCCCCUUCAGUCUUGCACAGGUGUACCAGCUCCUCCCCUCCAGUUUUGCACAGGUGUAGCGGCUCCUCCCCUUCAGUCUUGCACAGGUGUACCAGCUCCUCCCCUCCAGUCUUGCACAGGUGUACCGGCUCCUCCCCUUCAGUCUUGCACAGGUGUACUGGCUCCUCCCCUUCAGUCUUGCACAGGUGUACCGGCUCCUCCCCUUAAGCCUUGCACAGGUGUACCGGCUCCUCCCCUCCAGUCUUGCACAGGUGUACCGGCUCCUCCCCUUCAGCCUU